AUGGCGCCCCUUCCUCGCGGCGGCAACCAGCGCGGUGGACCGCACAAGGCUCCGUGGCGCCAAGCAGAGCAGGCGGCUGGAGGCGGCAAGGGCGUGCAGCCUCCCAAACCGAAGCGGCUCACCGACGAGAAGCUCGUCUACUUCGUGGCCUGCCCCGUCGAGCAGCUCGACGCCUGCAAGGGGCUCAUCGCGGAGGCAGACUGGCAGGCUAUCCGCCAGCAACGCUUCCUCCUCCAGCAGCAGCUGGGCUCGCUGUCGGCGGUCAAGCCCGUCAGGAGUGCGCAGGCUGCGGCUGACGAGGCGCCCAAGCGCCUUCUGCGGGCCCGCAGCGAGCUGGAGCGCAAGAAGCAGGCGGCACAGGCUGCGCUGCAGGCGGCCUUCGACCAGGAGAAGCUGGUCGCCAAGCUGCAGGUGGAGAUGGAAGAGCUCGUCGAGAAGGCCAGGCGGGUCAUGGCCGAGCCGCCUGCUGCUGCACUGCCGCGCGCAGAGGACCGCUACGUCGCCGACGUCACCAAGUACAGGGACUUGGUGGGCACCGUCUCGGGCGCCCUCGGCGGAGUCGAGCUGGGCGAGCUGGCUGGCCCGCUCAAGUCGCUCCUCGCCGCGCUCCAGCAGGAUGUGGCCGCUUGCGAGGCGUCGGGCGCCCCGCCAGCCACCGCUGUGCCUUCCCCUGCCGUUGCUGCGGCAGGUGCUCAGCCUGGGGCAGCGGCUCAUGACGCAGUUCUGGGAGGCGAGCACCAGGCUGCUGGCGAUGACGACGAAGACAUGGAGAGCCUUAACCUGUCCCCUGAGGCCUUCGCGGCGCAGGUCGAGGCCUUCUGCGACGGCGACGCCGACAAGAGGAAGUGGCUCGAGGCGUUCCGCGACCGCUGCUGUGCCGACAAGAAGCAGAAGCUGGUGCAGCAGCAGAUGGCGGCUGGCGACGCUCAACAUGAACGCCUUCAGCAACUUGGACAGGCGCUGCGCGACGUGGCGUGCAGGCUGACGCAGUACGGCAGGCCGCACGUGAUCGGCGGCGACUUCAGCUGCACCAAGGCCGAGCUGGAGAAGAGCGGAGUCCUGCGCUUCUUCGACGGCGCAUGCGUUGACGCGCUCGAGCCCACCUGCGUGCAGUCGAUGCGCUCCAUCGACAUGUUCAUUGUGUCGAGCGGCCUGCGGCUGCUCAACGUGGAGGUGAUCAGCGGGUCGCCUGUAUGGCCGCAUCGGCCUGUGGUGCUGGAGCUCGAGGCGACUCGCCAGAGUCCAUGCAUCCGCGUCAUGGAUGUGCCCAGGCGCUUCCCGCAGGAGAGGCCUGCUGGCUGCGCGAGUUGGGACUACCGCGUGCUGUGGGCCAGCGUCGGCGAGGAGGCGGCCUGCGCUGACGUGGAGCGGACGCAGAUCCGUGGCCAGAUCAACGUUGCCUGGCAGCGUUUCCUGGAGCAGGCCGAGACCGACUGGAUCGACAUAUACCAGGUGGGUGGGGACGGCCAGAAGUAUCGUGGGCGGGGUCAGCCAGUGCAGCCGCGCUGGGUCCGCAAGUUGCCUGUCGUGGGCGCACGUUGGCCCAACGUCUCGGUCGAGGCCACCUGGCUCUACAGGGUGUCGUGCGAGCUGCAGCUGGUCGCCGCCGUCGCGCAGCCCGUCAGCCGUGUCCGUGCGCUUCGAGGUCUGCCCAGGCUGAUGGUGACCGCGCCCAAGGCCGUGAAGGGUGUCGCGGAGGCCGAGCCUCACGACCUGCCUGUCGCGAGCGCUUGGUGGCAGCUCCUCAACAGCUUGGGCGUUCACUGCCUGGGCCCGACCACCGCGGUCCUGCAGCUGAGCGAGCGCGCCCACGCCGCCGCCGCGAAGCUGGCCGAGCGCGACAUGGCGGAGCGCAAGGCCAGGUUCCAGCAGUGGGUCGCCAAGCAAGCUGUGGGCGGUGGCGGCGGGCUCCACGCGGUGGCUAGCUUGCCGAUCGGCUUCGCGGAGAGCCCCAUGCUGCACACCAGCAACGCGGAGACGCACGUGCCCUUCUGCGAGCCCGCCGACCUCGCCGCGGAGGUCACUGCACUGGAG